AGCUAAUCUUACUUUACUUUAUAUUGAAAACCAUUAUCAUGUCUGAAAGCCAUUCUUCUGCAGGUUCUAAAGAACGCCAUUCAGACGAACUCCCACCACCUUCCAACAUACAACAUGCUGGUGAAGGUAAUGAAUUUGUCGUAAUUGGGAACCAAAAGUUCUAUAGACAUGAACUUAUGCAAGCCUUUGGUGGUACGUUGAACCCAGGUCUUGCACCUCCACCAGUACAUCAAUUUGCUAACCCAUCUCCACUUGGUCUUUCAGCAUUUGCUCUCACUACAUUUGUGUUAUCUAUGUACAAUGCCCAAGCUAUGGGUAUCGAAACUCCAAAUAUGGUUGUUGGACUUGCUGCAUUUUAUGGUGGUGCUGUACAAUUUUUGGCUGGUGUUUGGGAAAUGGUUGUUGGUAAUACUUUUGCAGCUACUGCUUUAUCUUCUUACGGGGCAUUUUGGCUUCUGUAUGCCGCAAUCAAUGUUAAGGCCUUUGGAAUUGCUGCUGCUUAUGGUGCUGAUAAAGCACAAAUGAAACAAGCAGUGGCAUUUUUCCUUUUGGCUUGGGCGUUAUUCACAUUUAUGUUAUUUUUAUGCACAAUGAAAUCAACAGUUGCAUUUGCCGCACUUUUUGGUUGUUUGACUUUAACAUUUAUUCUAUUAGCCGCUGGUGAUUUUUCUGGUGAAAUCAAAGUGACUCGUGCAGGUGGUGUUGUGGGAGUCAUUACGGCAUUUUUAGGGUUUUAUAAUGCUUUUGCUGGUACUGCAAAUUCUACAAACUCGUACUUUACAGCCUAUCCAAUUCAACUUACAAAGUCUUAGUUUACAAAGUCUUACGUGUGAGAAGUAUUUAUUACCGAA